AUGAAAUCCUUCUCCAAGUUUUCCAUCUAUAUGCUCGGAGCUCUUCCGAGCACAGGGCAGAAAAGUGUUUCACGACCAGAAGGAUGUGUGGAAACUACUCUUGGCUAUGACUGGUUCAGGGAGAAGCCAGUCUCGGCCAUUCAAGCUGCUGAUAGGGAGAAGAUCUUCAAAGCGACUCUACAACACGCUGUCGGAACGAGGAAUGUCGUGACAGUCCACGACAUCGAGAGACACCUCCCAAUAUCGCGACCUCACGCAAAUCACGCACAGUUCCGCAUCAUUGAGGGCAGCUUUUAAUAUCUUCCCUCACAUCGUGUUAAUGUGAUAGUUCGUUUACAGAACAGUUUCUUCUUGAUUUUUUGUGCU